GAUCUGGAAUCCCAUGACACUUAUAUCCAGAACACACUCUCUGCCCUCUACCCACCUUUUGAGGCCACAGCAGCCACAGUACUCUGGCAGCUGUUCAGCAUGGCUGAGAGGCUCCACGGAGGGGACGGGCUGCACUGCCUCACUGAUUUCCUCAUCCCCGCCGAGAGGGCCCCGCAGCACCUGCAGCAGGAAGCUUGUGCCAGGUACACAGGCUAUAUCUUCUUCCACGAGGGCUGGCCGCUGUGCAUCCACGAGAAGGUGGCGGUGCAGUUGGCGUCCCUGCAUGGAGUCAGGCUCAGGCCUGGGGACUUCUACCUGCAGGUCACAUCGGUGAGGAAGCAGUCAGCCAGACUCUUCUUAAAAUGCCUCUCUUGGCUCGGACGAGGCUCAGAAGAAGUCUCUGUCCCUGAGGCCAUGUACAGCUGCAUCUUCACAGGAGAGUUCCUGGAAUGGGUGAAUGAGGAGCGGAACAGUAUCCCCUUGCAACACUGCUUGCUGACCUCAGGCUCAGCGGUCUACCGCACCCCGUGGAGCAACGUCACAGACCCCAUCUUUGUACCCGUGACCAGAACCAUCUAGCCCAGCUGCUCCAGCUGUCCCGGGCCCCAGCAGCUACCGCCCAGUAGUGCCUGGGAGGACCUGGCCCCAGCACCAGCCACAGCCAACCCUUGUCUGCGAGGGAGCACCCCUUCCAGCGACACCCCAACCCUACCCUGCUGCAGCGGGCAUCCUGGCAGUGACCAGCCCAGCCAUCCUCCUUACCUGAAGAGAGCUGAGUGGGAAAGACCCAGGGCCGUGUCUGGGAGCUCUGACAGAGGCCUUGUAGGUGUCGGCCUCUUAGAGUGGAGCCCGGGGAAGCCCCCUGGGAGCCCCAAAGGACCAGGAGGGUGGCUGCACACCCUGGACAAGAAGGACAGCCCCCAGGCCGUCACCUUCCAUGGGGACGCAGGCAGUCCAAGCUCCAGGAGGCAGCCACCCAGGGACCAGGCCAGCAUGGAAGCCAGACGCUGGUUCAGGAAGUCCUACAUGGAGGCCCUGCGGAACCCCAUGCCCCUGGGCUCCAGCUCCGAGGAGUCCCUUUGGGAUGAGGCCUGUAGCUCCCAGACCAAGGGGUCCGGGGCAGAGGCCAGUCCAACCCAGAAAGAAAGGAGGAGUCCGAGUCAAGAGAGCAGUCCAGGAGCCACGGGGAGGACCCUUCCCAGGAGGUCUCGGUCCUGGGACAGGUCCCUUAGAAGCUCCCAAAGUGACGACCGCCGGGCUUCUCACCACUCAGUGAGCGCCAGGCCCUGGGGUCUCUUAGGAGGACAAGCUGCAGGGACCAGAAACGCAGGCUCCAGCGGCCCCUCAUGUGCCACAGCGGAGAGUCCCAGCUGCAACAAAGAGGAAGAGGAAUACUUCAUCUUUGACCAGGUCUCUUUCCGUUGUCCAGCCGAUGUCAACACCAACGGCAGCAGCUUUUGCGGACAAGAUGCGCUUGCUGAGCUGCUGUGCCUUGAGGCUAAAGGAUGGCUGCCCAGCACAGGAGACCCACCUGACCAGGUGCCCAGGCAGGUGCUGGAAGUCAACCAGGAGCUGCUGCAGUCCGGGGUUGUCUCCCUCCCAGGGACCCGAGACCGCCAGGGAAGAGCAGCGGUGCAGGUCUGCACGAGGGGCCCACUCUGGUCCAGCAAACAUGCCUCAAGUGCCGAGCUGACCCGCCUGCUGAAGUACCUCCAUGGCAUCCCCAGCCUCGAUGGUGGGAACGCGGCGGAACUCGGGCUGGCGCCGGGAGGCAGAGCCGCGUGCACCGCGGAGGGCGGGCUGGCGCGGGGACCGGGGUCCCGCCGUCCCUCGCUGCGCUUGGGCUCCUCGGCGCUUCCCGACGCCGCUCGGGUCCGGCCUCAGACUGAGAGGGUGGGCCCUCCGUCAGGGUCCACACUUCCCGCCGCAGCCCAGGCCGCCCGCCGUCCCGAGCUCGGCGCGGGACGGACAGAACCGCCCAGACCGCGGGCCCCGCCGCGACCGGCUGCAGCGCUUCCCGGUUCGGACGCCCCUAAAUCGUGCGCUCGCAACCGCGGGGAGACCGAGUCUGGCGGGCCCUCCACCCACAGCCCCGCAGCCGGGAGGGGCGCCGUGACGCCUGUCUUCUGCUCUCAAAACACAUCUCCUCCCAUGAUUCAUAGUGUUAUGCUGUUGGUGGAGAAAGAAUCAGCAUUUAGGCCUGACAAGGAUGCAAAAGUCCAGUGUGAGCUGGUCGGCUCCCUGAAGGCCCUGCACAAGCUCAUUGACAGCGCCCAGCUGGCCAUAGACCUUGGAGGCUCUUUUCCCUACAACCACAGUGACUGGAUCUGCUUCCGCAGGCUGGAGCCCUUCACCACGAACUGUGAGGAAGCCAUUGUUUUCCUACAAAGUUCAGUCUGCUCCCUAAACACCCACAGGACCCCCAGCACAGCACAGGAGGUCAUGGAGUCGAUCAGCAAGCACAAGGCAACGAUGAAGCAUGUCCUGGAAGAUGCCCUGCUGGUUGCUCUCCGGCUGGAAGGUGGCACGGUGCUGGCGCGGCUGAGGAGGGAGGAGCCUGGCGCCAGUGAAGACUGUCAAGACACCAUCGAGGCCACCUCCAGGCUGUACCACCAAGUGGAUGAAGAGGUCCACAGGCUCGUCCUUGCGUCCAACCAGUGUCUGCAGGAGCUGGAGAGUCUACGGGAAUGGAGGAUGCUCCAGGAGGGAGCUGAGCAGAUCAAAUUGUGGUUUGAGAAAGAGCGAGAGGAAUUCCCAGGCCCUUUGGUGCUGCUCUCUCUUGAGAACUUGAAGCAGCAGCAGGAGUCACAGGCCUUCCGGGAGAGGCUGACGCAGCAACGUUGUCAGAAAGGACUACAGCUAACGGAAGAGAACAACCCACGAGACACAGAGGACACGGUCCAGGACUUCAAAAGGCGUCUGAGUGCCGCAGCUGGCCGGGCCAAGCGGAGGGAGGGAGAGCUGGCCGGGUGGGCCAGCCUGUCGGAGUUCUAUGCGUCGGUCCGUGCGGCUGAGCCCUGGGACAGCCCCAGCACUCCCGUCAGAAUGUACCCCAGGCUCUCAGCAGACAUGGCUCACUCGAGCCUCCCACUGGCCAUGUGGCCUUGUGGGGCCUGCCAAGGCCGUUGCGGCCCUGACAGUUCUGUGGCCCUGACUAGCACUGUCUCUGCCACGCAGGUGCACAGGUGGAUGCUGUGGCACAGCGAGCGUCUGGAACCCCUGGGCCCAGAGCUGGCAGCUGAGCGUCUGAAGAGCUGUCCCCAGGAGGCCGUGGGGGUGGCUGUAGAGAGUGUCCCCAGGGCCAGUACAGCCAUGCCAGGCGUGGGUGGCCAGGAGGUGCUGGGGCCGUGGCUCCCCUUGGGGCUGUGGUGCCAGCAGAUCCAGCUCUACUCACAGGAGGCCCUUCCUGAGGCCACCCUGGGCCCCGGUGCCCCAACUCUGGGCUGGAGCCCCCUGAAGUGCGAGCUUGCCCAGGGGGCCGAGGGAAGGCACCACGAGCUGCCCUGGAUCCCCCUCGCUGACUUCAAGGGCCAAGCUGGGGAGCAGGCCCCACUGCUGCCCAGCUUCCCUGGACAGGCUGCUCUGUGUGGGCAGGAGGACAAGCACCUGAGCCCAGGUGUGCCUGCCCCGGACUGCAGGUCCACCUGCCCCUGCGAGCCCAUCCAGACACCCGCUGCCCACCCUAGGAAGCAUCCCCUGAAGAAAGUCACGAAGAAAACACAAAGCUUCGAGAUUCUGCAGCCUGACAGUGGCCCUAAGGACUCCCGCCGGCCUGGCCACACUGGGGUCGUCAUCAAAGGCCUGGAGGUGACCAGCACCAUGGUCUUGGAUAAGCCCCCGCCGAGGCCACCUGGCAGGAGCCCCCUGUUCACUUGGAACCAGAGUCUGUUCUCUCCGUCCAGGAUCCAGUCCUCUGAGGAAGACAGGAGUUGGCAAGCAGGAAGCAGCCGCCUGCAGCACAUAAUGGCCGAGAUGAUUUCCACAGAAAGGGAGUAUGUCAGGUCCUUAGCCUACGUCAUCGAUAACUACUUUCCAGAGAUGGAAAGAGUGGACCUGCCCCAGGACCUGCCAGGGAAGCGCGGCGUCAUCUUCGGGAACUUGGAGAAGCUCCGUGACUUCCACUGCCAGCACUUCCUCAGGGAGCUGGAGUGCUGCUGGCACUGCCUGUGGGCCAUGGGCCGCAGCUUCCUGAGACACGAAGAACAGUUCGGCAUGUACGCACUCUAUAGCAAGAACAAGCCCCGGUCGGAUGCCCUGCUCUGCAGCCACGGCAAUAGCUUCUUCAAGGACAAGCAGUGGGCACUGGGCGACAGGAUGGACCUGGCUUCCUACCUGCUGAAGCCUGUGCAGCAGCUGGGCAAGUACGCGCUGCUGCUGCAGGACCUGGCCCGGAAGGCCAGCCGCUGCCCCACCCAUGAGCAGGAGCUGGGUGAGCUGCGCACCGCCGUGGACGUGGUCCGCUUCCAGCUGCGCCACGGCAACGACCUGCUGGCCGUGGAUGCUGUCCGGGGCUGAGACGUGGACCUGAAGGAGCAGGGGCAGCUGCAGUGUCAGGACGAGCUUAUCGUCUGCUGUGGAAGGAAGAAGUGCCUGCGGCACAUGUUCCUUUUUGACGAGCUCAUCCUGUUUAGCAAGACCAAGAAGGUGGACGGAGGCCAUGACGUCUACAUGUACAAACAGUCCUUCAAGACGACUGAGAUCAGGAUGACGGAGAACGUCAGAGACAGUGGCUUGAGGUUUGAGAUCUGGUUCCGCAGGCGGCACAAGUCCCAGGACACCUACGUUCUCCAGGCGAGCUCCGCGGAGGUCAAGGCUGCCUGGACCGCAGCCAUAAGGAAGAUCCUGUGGUGGCAGGCUCUGCAGAACAGAGAACUCAGAAUGCAGGAAAUGUUGUCUAUGGGGAUGGGCAACAAACCAUUCGUGGACAUCAAGCCCAGUGACGCAGCCAUAAGUGACCGGGCCAUCGACUACAUCAUGCAGGGACCAGGGUCACAAACCCGAGUGUCCGUAGCUGUGCCCUCCCGUGACUGUCUCACCCGCUUCAAGAGACCACACUCCACCAUCUUGGACAGCAGCUCCUCCUCCUCCUCCAGCAGCCAGACCUACUCCGCGCUGGGGCCACUGACCCUGCAGGCAUCCACCAGCCCGGCCUGUUGCCCCUGGCCGCCUGACAUCAGCACUUGCAUUGAGGAGGACGAGCUGGAGAUGGGGAGCCAGCCUUCUACACGUACAGGGAGUUCAGUGUCUUCGAAGUGCAUGUCGGAUGACAGCGACCCCAGCCUCCCUGGGCCACGGCCUCUCCCAGAGCUGUUCCCUGACGAGGGCACCUGCCGGCCACAGCUCCAUGGAGAUGAGAUGCGGCUCCUCCAGGGAGAACCCCGGACUUUGAGGGCGGAGGAACCUCGGCCAGACCUGGGCAUGAAGUCUGGAGAUGAAACACUCAAGCUGGGGGUUCCUGAUCCUCCCCCGCCACGGGCCCCCCAUCAGCACGCCCCUCUGGGCCUGAAAGUUGCCGGUCCUGGCCCUGUGGGCUGGGCAUUGCCCAGCCUCCCUGUACCCUGCUGCCUUGAACUCUCCCCGACUCCUAGGGCCAUGCGAACCCCCAGCUCUGGAGCGGAGGCCCAGGCGGGCACGGGCGUCUCACAGUAGGGUGAGCCCUCUGGGACUGUGUCUCCCCAGCCAUCAGGCAACUCGGGCUGGUGAGCGACGGUCCCCAGGGGCAGCCCCACCGGGGUGCGUCUGGAUUCAGGGCCAGACCUUUCCUUUAUAACAAGUCGCAUGUAGGUGGCAGGAGUGGUACUCACCUUAGGCUCAGGUGCCACCGACCACCACCUGUGAGCCUGACGAGCCAUACCCUGCUUGCCAGAUGGCCCCAGGUUGGGGCAGGGGCAGAGCAGCUGGGAGGUCCUGUCAGCAUGGACAGUGCCCGGAGAGGAGCACUCACCAAGCAGAGGAGAAUAAUAAUCAUUUGAAGGGAGAGCCUGGGUGGACGCCAGACCUUUGACAAGUUCCUGCUGCCUCCCCAAACCCUGUCCUCGGGGAGUGGUACCUACAGCAGGAGCAGGUGGCAGGCAGGGGCCACACCUUUGGGACUGGCUGGCGUCUUCUCUGUUUCUUUGUUUCAGUGCUGACUUGCCCCAAACUUUAGGAACAUAAA